AUGUCCAAGGUAACGGCGCCCGGGCCCGGGCCGCCGGUGGCGGCGGCGGGCGGGAAGGAGAAGCGCUCCUUCAGCAAGCGGCUGUUCCGGAGCGGCCGCGCGGGCGGCGGCGGCGCGGGGGGCCCCGGGCCGGCCGCGCCCUCCUCGCCCUCUUCGGCGCGUUCCGUGGGCAGCUUCAUGAGCCGCGUCCUCAAGACGCUGUCCACGCUCUCGCACCUCAGCUCCGAGGGCGCCGCCCCGGACCGCGGCGGCCUCCGCAGCUGCUUCCCGCCCGGGCCGGCCGCCGCGCCCACGCCGCCGCCCUGCCCGCCGCCGCCCGCCUCGCCCGCGCCGCCCGCCUGCGCCGCCGAGCCGGUGCCGGGAGUGGCGGGGCUCCGCAACCACGGCAACACGUGCUUCAUGAACGCCACGCUGCAGUGCCUCAGCAACACCGAGCUCUUCGCCGAGUACCUGGCGCUCGGCCAGUACCGGGCGGGGCGGCCGGAGCCCUCGCCUGACCCCGAGCAGCCCUCGGGACGCGGCGCGCAGGGCCAGGGCGAGGUCACCGAGCAGCUGGCGCACCUGGUGCGCGCCCUCUGGACCCUGGAGUACACCCCGCAGCACAGCCGCGACUUCAAGAGUAUUGUGUCAAAGAACGCGCUGCAGUAUCGGGGGAAUUCCCAGCAUGAUGCCCAGGAGUUUCUGCUGUGGCUUUUGGACCGAGUUCAUGAAGACCUCAAUCAUGCUGUAAAGCAGAGUGGCCAGCCUCCUCUGAAGCCUCCAUCAGAGACUGAUGGCAUGCCUGAGGGACCAUCUUUUCCUGUGUGUAGCACUUUUGUACAAGAACUUUUUCAAGCCCAGUACAGAUCUUCUUUGACAUGUCCUCAUUGUCAGAAACAGAGCAACACUUUUGAUCCUUUCCUCUGCAUUUCUUUGCCAAUUCCUCUACCCCAUACAAGGCCUCUCUAUGUCACUGUAGUGUAUCAAGGGAAAUGUUCUCACUGCAUGAGGAUUGGUGUGGCUGUGCCUCUGUCUGGGACUGUUGCCAGACUUCGGGAAGCAGUGUCUGUGGAAACAAAGAUCCCCACUGAUCAGAUUGUGUUGACAGAAAUGUACUAUGAUGGGUUCCACCGUUCCUUUUGUGAUACAGACGACCUGGAGACAGUCCAUGAGAGUGACUGCAUUUUUGCCUUUGAGACUCCAGAAAUAUUUCGGCCUGAAGGAAUUCUCAGUCAGAGAGGAAUUCACUUAAACAACAAUCUCAAUCACUUGAAGUUUGGCUUGGAUCAUCAUAGACUGUCUUCCUCUACACAAACAGCAGCAAAGCAAGGGGAAAUGGACCUGCCCACCAACAGAGCAGGCAGUGACAAGAUUGUCGUGCUGGUGUGUAACCGAGCCUGCACCGGGCAGCAGGGGAGGAGAUUUGGACUGCCUUUUGUGCUGCACUUAGAGAAGACGAUAGCAUGGGACCUUCUGCAGAAGGAAAUCCUGGAGAAGAUGAAGUAUUUCCUGAGGCCUACUGUUUGCAUUCAGGUGUGUCCGUUCAGUUUGCGAGUGGUCAGUGUUGUAGGAAUUACAUACUUGCUGCCCCAGGAGGAGCAGCCCCUGUGCCACCCAACAGUAGAAAGGGCAUUAAAAUCUUGUGGACCAGGUGGCACUGCUCAUGUGAAGUUAGUGGUAGAAUGGGACAAGGAGACAAAAGAUUUCUUAUUUGUAAACACUGAAGAUGAGUAUAUCCCAGAUGCAGAAAGUGUCCGCCUGCAGAGGGAGCGGCAUCAUCAACCUCAGACCUGCACUUUAUCCCAGUGUUUCCAACUCUACACCAAAGAGGAACGACUGGCCCCAGAUGAUGCCUGGCGUUGCCCACACUGCAAGCAGCUGCAGCAGGGGAGCAUCACGCUGAGCCUGUGGACUCUGCCUGACGUGCUCAUCAUACACCUCAAGAGGUUUCGACAGGAAGGAGACAGGCGUGUGAAACUUCAGAACAUGGUCAAGUUCCCCUUGACUGGCCUGGACAUGACUCCUCAUGUGGUCAAGAGAAGCCAGAGCAGCUGGAGUUUGCCAUCCCAUUGGUCCCCGUGGAGGCGGCCCUAUGGACUCGGGAGGGACCCUGAGGACUACAUCUAUGACCUGUAUGCUGUGUGCAAUCACCAUGGCACCAUGCAAGGGGGGCACUACACAGCAUACUGUAAGAACUCUGUGGAUGGCCUCUGGUAUUGCUUCGAUGACAGUGAUGUGCAGCAGCUGUCGGAGGACGAGGUGUGCACACAGACAGCCUAUAUCCUCUUCUACCAAAGGCGGACAGCCAUCCCGUCGUGGUCGGCUAACAGCUCAGUAGCCGGCUCCACAAGUUCUUCCCUGUGCGAGCACUGGGUGAGCCGGCUUCCAGGGAGCAAGCAAGCCAGUGUGACUUCAGCGGCCUCCUCCAGACGCACCUCCCUGGCCUCACUCUCCGAGUCCGUGGAGAUGACUGGGGAAAGGAGUGAAGAUGAUGGUGGCUUUUCAACUCGGCCAUUUGUGAGGAGUGUCCAGCGCCAGAGCUUGUCCUCCAGAUCGUCUGUGACCAGCCCCUUGGCUGUUAAUGAAAAUUGCAUGAGACCUUCUUGGUCCCUGUCUGCGAAGCUGCAGAUGCGCUCCAAUUCUCCUUCCCGCUUCUCAGGGGACUCUCCAAUUCACAGCUCUGCCUCCACCUUAGAGAAGAUCGGGGAGGCAGUGGAUGACAAGGUCUCCAUCUCUUGCUUUGGCAGCUUGAGGAACCUGUCCAGCAGUUAUCAGGAAGUAAGUGAUAGUCACAGUCGACGAGAACACAAGGCUGUGGGCCGAGCCCCCCUGGCUGUCAUGGAAGGCGUGUUCAGAGACGAGUCAGAUACCCGCAAAUUGAACUCCAGUGUUGUAGAUACACAGAGCAAAAACUUAGCACAAGGGGAUCGCUUACCUUCUGUCUCCGAUGCAUUUGAUAACAAUAACCAGAUUGCUUACGUGGAUCAGAGUGAUUCUGUGGACAGCUCUCCAGUCAAAGAAGUGAAACCCCCAGGCCACCCAGGCUCGCUCACAAAGAAACCAGAGAGCACAACCAAGAGGUCCCCCAGCUCCAAAGGCACUUCUGAGCCAGAUAAAAGCUUGCGGAAGGGGAGAGCAGCCUUGGCAAGCCAAGAAUCAUCUCUUUCAAGUACAUCUCCUUCUUCUCCUGUUCCUGUCAAAGUUUCUCUAAAGCCUUCUCGCUCUCGAAGCAAAGCGGAUUCUUCCAGGGCCAGUGGAAGGCAUUCAUCCCCUGCUCCUGCCCAGCCCAAAAAGGAGUCGGUCCCCAAGUCCCAUGAUUCCACAUCGUCUCCCUCGCCACAGAAGCAGAAGUCGGCUUCUGCCCUCGCUUACACUGCUUCCUCUACAUCUGCCAAAAAAGCCUCAGGCUCUGCCACCAGGGGCCCCUACCCUCCUGGGAAGAACAGGACUUCAGACCGGACCUUGAGUAGGGAGGGCUCCAGACAAAGCCUGGGAUCCGACAGAGCCAGUGUCACCUCCAUCUCCAAACCCAGCUCCCCUCGGGUGAGCCAGGCCAGAGCCGGGGAGGGCAGAGGUGACAGCAAGCACGUGCGCAGCUCCUCCAUGGCCAGCCUGCGCUCCCCCAGCACGAGCGUGCGGUCUGGUCUGAAGAGGGACAGCAAGUCUGAGGAUAAGGGGCUGUCCUUCUUCAAAUCAGCCUUGAGACAGAAGGAAACUAGGCGGUCGACGGACCUUGGCAAGACAACCUUGCUGUCUAAAAAGACAGGGGGCAGCUCUGUCAAGUCAGACAGUAAGAGUGCCAGGGAUGACAAGGCCGAGAAAGGCCACCAGCCUCCAGGCCCCCAGCAGCCAAAUGCACAUGCAGUUGGAAAGGAGCAGCUUGUCUCUAAGGACCCUGCCUCCGCUAAACAUUCCCUGCUCUCUGCUCACAAGUCCAAGUCUUCCCAGCUGGAUUCCGGACUUCCCUCAUCUCCCAGUGGCAAGCAGCCUGCUGAGAAAGCCUCCAAAAAGUUACCUUCUAGCAUGCAGACCUCUGCACGGCCUUCUCAGAAACCUCAGUGACGUUCCGCAGCCUAAGUGUUCUGUCUGUAAAGAUGUUUAUUUAUUUAGCACCCCUCCUCUCCCACCAAAGCCCUCUGUGCUUUUGUUUUGUUAUUUUUGGGGUCAUGUGCCUGAUUGUGUGUGCCUGUGCGUGCGUGAGUGUGUGUUUGUAUGCAAGGAGAAGUCAGUUGUAAAUUGUCAAAAGCGUCGCCUUAUUCUGCCAUUGAACCAAAUAACAGCCAUAGGCAAAGCAUUGAUACCAGGCUAACUGGAGUAAUUAUAGACAAUACCCGGAGAGUCCCUUUAGCAAUUGUAUAUAUUUCUUUCUAGAGAACUCUAAUGACUUUCAUUGGACACUAGGGUCUUGAAACCUGUGAACCAGUUAAGCUAUCAUUAGUGUGUGGAAGGGUGAAUUAUUUGACUUGGGUUUCAUCUGAGCAGGAUUUGUCCACACUGUGGAUUGUCGAGUGGCACCAGGAGCUCUAAAAACUGUGACAAUAACAUAUGAAACAAACCGAGAUAAAACUGUUGCUUUCUGCACUUGUGCCCCAUUUACCAGUCUUUGUAAAGGGCAAUAUUUUAACACUAAUGUUUCUCAGGUAUCUAUACUCAGCUAGUCCAGGAUGGAUGUGCACAGUAAAUGGAUUAAAGAGGAAGGUGACAUGUGGGUGACUGUGUCAUUUCUCCUACUGCCACAGAGACAUUACAGAGGUAGAAGCAAAGUCUUAGACUACUUUUAUCUCUGCAGAGGUGUGCAGCACCCUCACCUGUCUUAACUCUUGAGAUGUGUUCCAAGAGGUAGCAAAUUGGAUAGCCAGGAUCCAGUCACUAAUUAAAUUUUUUUCCUUCUACGUUUGCUAGCUAAGUCCAUUUGGAUUUUGAACUGUAGCAGAGCAGUUAACACCUUUGAAAGAUUCCUGGAAAAAAAUGCUUUCUAAACUGGAGGCAUGAAUCCUACCAUUCUCCUGUGGUAUUGCUUUUUCUGUUAGAAGCUGAAGGCUCCAUGCUGCCCCCAUCUGCAUACUUGUGUCCCCUCAUCUCAUAGCUUGAAAAGGAAAGAAGUUGCUUCCUGCCAAGAGUCAGUGAUGGUGUGUGGAAGCAGUGUGUGACACAGUAUUACAGAUGCACUUUGGAUCCCGCUUGUCAGUUUUCGUUCUGACUGCUUUUCAGUAACUCAUUUAUAUCUUCUUUGUGCUGAAGAUGUAAUCGCACGCCCAGACCUCACAAGCGGGGUUUGGAGUGCGUUCCAUCUGGCAGUGUCAGUGCAAACUGCAUUUCUUAUAUAGAAAAAGGAGCACCUCAUAGAAAUAGCACAGAAAAGCAAAUCUAUAGUUUUUCAAGCUCUCUGGAGGUCUCCUGGUAAUCAUUUCCUGCUUCAAUUUUAGCUUUUGUUUUAUUUGCUUUUUAAAUAUAAGGAGAAUCAUAAUCCUGAUUCUCCUUGAAUAGCAUUUGUCACUUUGCCAUAAAAUAUAGAAUGCUAAGUUUAUGUUGUUAUUUUUUUUUUAUUAUUGUUGUUGUUAUUAUUUUGGUCAUAGACUAUUCAGGUUCUUCCUGAACUCAUGGUGCACAGAUUUGUUGAUAGCCUUCCUUUUCAGUAUUGCUGUGUAUGAAGUAACGACAACACAUAUGCAUGCAUAGCUGUGAAUUCUGCCCUCUUUUUUUUCUUUCUUUUAUUUUUUUCCAUGAAUACCUCUUGGGAACUGUUUCCAGGAGGUUACUUAACUUUAUUUUGCUGCUAAUUUGAGCAUUAGCUGGUAACUUGCAAGGAGCCAUUAUGUUGAGGGUAGCUGGAAUUUUCGACCCUUGCAGUGGUGAAGACUUGCUUAUUCCACUCGUGAAGGUUACCGUAGUGCUCCAUGUGACUCAUUUAGCAUGAGCCGUCACCCUGGCACCGAGCCCUGUACUAGACACUUCACUGGGUGUUGUCCUUGUGCUGUGUGGAUUCAGUGGUUUCCCGAGCAGCGUUGUCCUGUGCUGUGGUCUGACUGUGGGGCUGGCUGCCUUUGAUACCACCUCACCAACAGCCCCGCCCGUGUCAGCCACUGCUCUGGUUUUCCUGUAUUGCUUUUAUUUCCUGAAAAAGAUGCACAAAUGUGGGAUCAUCAAUAUCAGGAAUUGAAUGUUUGUCUAAUUUGAACCUGUUGUCUUUGUUAGCAGGUAGAUUUCAUUUGAAAUCUAUCAGAAGCUCUAAAGCAGUCUUAGAAUUAUAUUUUGGUUAGGCAGAGGGUUUUAAUAACACUUUUUUUCCAUAGUUAAGCAUUAAUAGAAACUAGUUUGAUUCUUACAAUGGUAAAUAUUUUUAUUCGUGAGUCCUAUAGGAAUGGAUUUUCCAUUAUGUGUAAUGCCUUUAAGGAAAAAAAAACCUCUACAAAUCUCUUUAAUUUUCCAUGGGAUCUAGAAAUAAAGUUUCUAUAAUAUAAUAAAAUCUAUAAACUAUAUGUCUAUGGAAUUUAGUCCUUGCUUCAGGUUUAAUUAAAUAGAAAAAAAUGCCAGGAAUAUUAUGGCAUUGGCCAGGCAUCGUUAAGCUUUCUAUUUCCAGGGUUGGUAAACAAUGAAAAUUUCAUUAUUCCUAACGACUAGUUACAACUUUAAGCCACAGAAAAGGAAAUUUUUCCCCAAAGUUUGAAGGUGCUCUUUCAGGUGGGAGUAUUGUUACUUGGUUCAAUUUAGUUCUUUGUUAGGGUCAAGGACUUAGUGUUUCUUUCUUUCUUUCUUUCUUUCUUUCUUUUUAAUUCUCAGUGAUAUUUGGCACAGUGAUCAUUAUGUGCUUUGGGGUUAAAAUCAUCUGCUAAGGGUCGUGGGUCUGGGUUUCUGGUUGACACCUCGAUGGGCCUGAUGACAGAAGUCCUUUCCUUGUAGGCACCACGUAGUCACCAACAGUAGGGUUGCAUUGGGAAUGUUUGCUUAUUUUAAAAAAUUAUUCUUGAUUUCUCUUUCUGUAAACAUCCAGUGCACUGGGCUGUCUCAAUUCUUAAGACAGCCCUGUGCCUCACCUUUGUUAACCCCCUAGAGAAUAUGGAAGCACAAGGAAACUGAGGAGCCCUUCCUGGUAGGCCCUCUCCUGCCUUUUGUAUUUUCUCAUCCUAAAAGCAGCCAAACUGAAAGUACGUCGUAGCACGCUGGCCCGGUAGCAGUGGAAUUGGUUGGUUGUGGUGUGCUGAAAUGCUGUAAUUGUCUGUGAGGCUGCCCGAGCUCUUUUGUAAUCCUUCUUUCCAGCCUUCAUUCAUUCUGCAAAUGUUCACUGAGGGCCUGUUUUGUGUUUAAAGACCUGCUGAAGCUUCAGGAAUUUGCUGUAGCCAAAGAGCCCUGCCAGCACAGCUCAUGAGGCUGGGAAGGCUGGCGUGGGACGGAAUUGCAGUCCUCUCGACAAAAAGAUCUGUUGGAUUCUGGCUCUGGCUAAGGCUCAUGGUCCUCUUGAGCAUGUUUGUUUUGUCUGGAAACCAAAAGUGCCCUUCAUCUCUGCAGACAUCCUGUUCUUCGAUUUGCUGGUUCAGGCUGAGCUGCCUCUGCUAUUGGAGGACUUGAAAAUCCAAGUCACUUUGCAUUAGAAUUUGGUCAUCCAUUUGUCUUGAGGUGGAUAUUGGGAUUUUUCUCUGGGUUUGGGGAAUUGUCAUCCCUCUAAAUGAACUAUCAUGAAAACGUCAGGAACAGUAGUGGCAGCUUAGGGCAAGUGGAGCAGAGAACAGUGAACAAAGCUUAUUUAUUUCAGAGAAACACGUUUUUAGAAGUAGAUAGACAUCUGAUGUUACAUUUCAUUCUGACAAAUUCUGAACAGCUGAAGUUAUUGUUUCCUAGGUAAGUUGUUAUUGGUUACGAAGGUAGUGUUUCUGGGUUGAAUUUUUGAAAUAGUAUGCAAAUCAUAAGCACAGUUUAAAAUGUAUUCUGAAGGCACAUUGAAGCUUAUAUUAUUUGGAAUUGAGAAGGGUGAAAUUUGUUGACAAACCAGUGCCUGUUGUAAACACAAACACAGACAGACAUAGCUGUGAGUGUGCACGCUGUCUUUGUCUUUAAUUUCAUGAAGGCAACAUCAUUGUUAAACCUGAGUGCCUUUUUUCUUUUUUUUGGGCAGGGGAGUCCAAUGCCUUUAUUUAACAGAACGCCCAGUGUCGCCCAGUGUCUCACGCUGUCUUUGGAUCAACUCCCCAAGUGUUUGUUUUUGCAGCCACAUUUUGGGCAUGAUCACUCAUGAUUCCCCCAGUAAUGGAAAAGGUCUUGCAUGCCCUCCAUCUAAUCCAGAAAGCAUGCUCUUAUUACCUAUGCAAGCAACCAACAAAGAAAGACUACACUAAAUGUUAAGCAUUAAAAAAAAAAAAAAAGCAACUCUUAGAUUAUGGAGCUCUAUUUUUGAAUUUGUAAUUUUUCAAAUGUGGCUUAAUCCUCAGUGUAGAUGAGCAUGAAUGUGAUCUCUUGGUUUGCUUCGCAUCUAUUUCUCUUUGCCAAUUUUUUUUAUUAUUGGUGAGAUUGUAUGUAAAGUAAUAAGUAUUUUGGAAGCAGGAGUGGAAUUGGAGAUACUGAACAUACACUGGUGUAUAUACUGUAUUUAGCCUGAAGACUUUCCUAAAGUAUUUUGUUCUAAAAAUAACCUGCCAUUUUCUAUAGAUUUUAAUUUUUUAUAUCUUCUAGGGUUCUAUCGUGGUCACAAGGAAAGAAUGUGGCUUCAAAUAGUGCUAACAAUUUUAAAAUGCUUUUGUAGAGACUUGGAGCUGUUUUGGAAAGCUGUGGAGCUUCCCACCCACUGGUCCCAGUGAGAACAAGGCUGUGGAAUUUAUGAUAGUGUUGUGCAGUGGAUUCUGAUCUAGAUCCAUCUCAUAUUCAUUUAAAAGCAGUGUUUCCCAGUGUGGAGGAGAAAGGGGUUUAUGGCAGACUUGAGAGCCACUUCUGAAUGACUCAUCUGAGAUUGUGAUACCCAGUAUUUACUAGAAUCAUCUAAAGAACUUUUAAGCCUGGGACUCCUCCCGAGCUUUUGAUCUAGGUAGUGUAGGAGCCUGUCCCAGGAACCACCAUUACAGCUCGUAGGUGUUUCUGAUUUGUAGUUGGAAUUGAGAACCACUGCGAUACACCCUCCGUUUGCCUAGAAUUAUGGUGAUAAUCACUGCCAUAUGAAGUCUCAGGAGUGAUACCAGUUGCUCAGUUGUGUUAGGGAGGAAAAUAUCAACCUCCUGUUUGGAAUAUGAGGCCUUUCUGAUUCCAGGCCUGAUUCGGGAGGUGGACGGCUUGGCAUUUCCCAGCCUGGUGGGAAUUGGUGGUCUUGGGGUCUGCAUCUUUCUCCAAAGUCUCCCCACCAGAUUUCAUGGUGGAUCAGAAACCAACCCACUGAGGAGAAGGGAAGUUCCUCCAAGUGAGAAUAUUUGGGAGAAUUAAAAACACACAUACACAAAAACAACCUUUCUAGCCUUGGAAGACCUGUCCCUGCUUUUGAUAGAACGGUUGCCUUUUUGUAGUAAUUGAAAUAGCAAACCCCAGGCUGCUGUACUCAGCUCAUUCUCUAUUGUAGCUCGCUCUUACCCAGAACGUAGUUUCAGGAAUUCUUUUUAGUUUGAAAAUGAAUGUGAAACAUUUUACUUGGAAUUUUUUAAUUUUUGUAACCCUCAUUGCAAUUUUUUUCGUGUAACUCAAGAAAUACUCAUCCAAAAACUUGGCAGUAUGUUACCUAUGGAGGCAUAUGACAUUUAGUUUUAAUCUGCGGUGAGCUGAAUGCACUACAACAUCUUCAAAAUAAUCUGCUGGGCUCGGGUGGUUUCAUCCUGUCAAGCAUUAUGCUGCCUACAAAACGAAAAGAAACAUAAUUUACCUGGUAUUUUCAGCAUUUCAAGGAGUAAAGAUAACAAGGAAAUGUUUCUUUAGAAAGGCCUCCCAGAGGAGUGAGCUCUGUGGCAAUUGGUAAGACGCAAUAUGAAAUUUCCUAGGUGCUAUUCUACACGUUGAGGUUUCAUUAAACCAAGGGGAAAGGCAAUUACGGUAUUACCCAAGUUGAAGUUCUCUUUGAAGGCCUUUCAGGUAUGCAUUUGUGUUCAGGUAUGGAUUUGCCCACCAACUGUGCCUCUCACCACUGGUUAAAACUGAAUUCAAGUCUCAUUACCAGAGUAGUUACUUGGUUGAACUUUUCCAUAUUUACGCUGUAAAAUCUGCAUGUAUAUCACUGUACACAAAAUGCUUCGGUAUUGUUCACGCACCGUCCAUAGUUCUGUGUAAUUUUCUUUAGUUAUACAGAAAAAUGUAAGGCAGGAUGUCUUUCCUAGAGGCUGGAAGAAAAGUGUAUCAUACAUUUUAAAUUAUUUUAGGCCAGUGCAUGAGAUGUGUCACUGACUUCUGUUAUUUAUUUGUAUGUUUUAUUAUUCAAGGUGUAUGCACUUUUAAGAAGCAAAAUUUAUAUUUUUAUGUUUAAAACGUUUUAUUUCUGAAACAGGAGUUGAUUAUAUAGUAUACAGUUGGAAUUAAGAGAAAAGUGGAAAAUGUAACAAAAUAUAAUAAAUUUAUUACGUGAUGCCCUCUUCAA